UUUGCGUCGAUUCUGAUUGCAAACUAUGUACAAAUACGUCGUAUUUUGCAAAUGAUGAUUAUUGCUGCUUGUGCAACCUUGAUAAUUGUGUUUCUUGUGAAAAGACUCUGUAUACCAUAAAUUGCAAAACAUGUAAACUUGAAUAUUUUCCUGACAAUAAUGGACAGUGUGAAAAAUGCAAUUUACAAUGCGUCGCAAAUGAGUGUGAUUCGUCAUCGGGAAGAUGUCUUCACGGUUGCUCAAAUGGAUAUUGGAAUGAUUCCUGUGAAAAAGAGUGUCAUACAGAUUGCUUAUCUUGCAAUCAAGCACAUGGAUCGUGUUUACAAUGAAAGAACAAUACAAAAUAUGGACCUGAUUGAAGACUGGAUUGUAGCACAAACUGUAAAAAUUCCAUGUGUAACAUAAGUGGCAAUUGUACAUACGGAUGCAUUUUAAAUAUGUAUGGAAACCAAUGUGAUAACAUGUGUAAAGAAUAUUGUACACCUAAGGACAAUAAAACACUUUGUUCUGAAAAGACAGGAAUGUGUUUAUACGGCUGCGACACUGGCUUCAGGGGACUAUUUUGUCCUAAAGUCAUUGAAACAGUAGCGGAAACACAAACAUCGUCAACUGCAGCACUUGGAGGAGGAAUCGGUGUAGGAGUUGUAGCUCUUGCUGCCAUUGUUGUUGUUGGACUCAUUUUGCUGAGAAGAAGAAGAGUCAAUAUGAGCAACAGAAGAAAAACACCUGAAAAAGAACCUGAGAACCUUUCCGCCCUGUACGCAACGGUGAACAAACGAAGAGCAUCCCACGUAGAGAACGCCAAUGACGAUUCCGACAAUUCGCACUCUGUUACCUUCAUAGAAAACCACAAUUACCAGAGUCCACCACCGAAGAGGUCUGUCAAAGAAAGGACUCCUAUCUUUUCAGAAGACAAUCUUGAAACUGACGAAGAUGAUGCAUCUGCAAGGGAAAUUGCAGUCAAAUUUGAGGAAAAUGGUGGUGUUUAUUAUAACAACGCUAACGAAGUCAGCAAAUUCAAAAUACAUGUUGCAGAUCUACAAGAAUAUGUGCAAAAUCUAUCUUCGACGCACACAGAAGAAGAAUUUCAGAAAAUUCCAUAUGGUUUUGUGAAAGCAUAUGAAGUUUCACAAACCAAACUCAACAUGCACAAAAAUAGGUACAGAGGAAUUUACCCGUAUGAUGAUACGCGAGUCUUAGUUCGUGGUGGAGCAACAGACUACAUUAAUGCAAGCUAUAUAGACGGAUUCAGAAAGCGGAAGGCAUAUAUUGCUAUCUUGGGUCCAAUGGCUAAGCAGCUUGGCGAUUUUGGCCAAUUCUGGCAAAUGGUCUGGCAACAGAAAGUGGAGAAGAUUGUCAUGUUGACACAAUUGGUAGAGGGUAAGAAAACCAAAUGCGAGCGGUAUUGGCCGGAUCAUAAUCAAAGCAGAAUAUACGGCAAUGUAGAGGUUGUGUGCAAGGAUAAAAACAAAUACGCAGAUUAUAAUUGGAGGCAACUUACGCUUUCAAUGAACUCCAAAGAAAGACGUCUAUAUCAUCUGCAGUUCACGAGCUGGCUAGACAAGGACAUCCCUGAUGACGUCACGUCAAUUAUAGAGUUUAGACAGAGGGUAAACGCCUUGUCGUGUACCUCUACUGGACCAAUAAUUGUACAUUGCAGCGUAAAAAAAGUAGAUCAAGUCAAAUAUAGACUAUACGAAAACCAUUCCCUAUAUGAGAUAGAAACAGCUGAUUACAUUGACACACGCGGAGAUCAGCGGUUACAGCGACCAUUAAACCCGACGCAACAAAGUGAACAGCGCGAACAAUACAGAAACUCUCCUUCAAACGACCCUCCGCGCCAUUUCCCUCCAGUGCCUGGUCAAUGA